UCAUCAUCAUCCACUAACAAUUCUCAUUUCCAUUCUCAAAGAAAGAAGAAGAAGAAGAAUAACAAACAGUGUAGAGACUAGAGAGAGAGAGAGAGAGGAAUGGCGAAGAAGCCACUGGGACCCACGGGAGAGUUCUUCAAGAGGAGGGACGAGUGGAGGAAGCACCCGAUGCUGACGAAUCAGUUCCGGCACGCCACUCCUGGCCUGGGCAUCGCCCUCGUUGCCUUCGGCGUCUACCUCGUCGGCGAGCAGGUCUACAAAAGGAUCCUCGCUCCCUCUCCUUCUCACCACCACCAUCAAUCUACUUCCGCUGCUUCUCACUGAGAUGGGCUCUUGGUGAAAGGAAGCUCGGGCGUUCUUGUAUUUCAGCAUUCCCCUUUCUGGUUUGGUGUUGAAUAAAAAGUAUCUUAAUUUCCAUGGGACUUGAAGCAUGUAAUUUUUAUGUUGUUUCAUAACUUGGAACGUGGAACUUCUAGCAACAUGUUGAAUCUACCAAAGUUUUAAUUUUUUGAUAA